CACACACACACACAAACACACAUACCACACUCCCUCCCUUCCUCUCCCUCUCUUCCCCGCCGACCCCCGGGAUGCGGGGGAAUCGGUCCACGGAUUCCGGGCCCGCACCGGCCGCGCGGCGUGGUUCCAUUGGGAAGAUCCCCCGGUUCUGCGCCGCCGUUGCGGCCCUCCUGGUCGCCCCCCCCUGCGGCGGCCCUUCCGUCAGCGAAGGGGUCCACGCGUUCGCGGCCCGCACCACGCGGGCUUCCGCCGGGGGCCGGGGCGGCGGCGAAGACCACCACGACGACCAAAGCAACCACAAGCACAAGCACAAGCACGAAAGGAACGACCAACCCAACAGCGAGGCCGCCCGGGACCGGGGGCUUCCCCUUCGGGAGCGACGCCUCCCGCCCACGAGGCGGGGAUUCCUCCGGGACGCGACCGCUGCCGCGGUGGUGGCAUCGCCGGGCCUCUCGGCGUGGCCCGUGGCUCCCGGGGAAGCCCCCCCCGUCCUAGGGUACACCAGCCCGGGACCAGGCGGCGGGCCCCCCUCCCUCCUGACGGUGCCGCUGGCCUCUACGGGCCGGGAGCUGCUGGUGGCCUACUCGGUCGACGGGAGCCCCUUCAAGGCGGUCCUCGACACGGGGAGCCCCUUCCUGAUGAUCCCCGGSUCCUGCGGGGCCAACACCCGCCGCAAGUCGGGCUGCUACCGAAACCAGGGCAGGCCCGUCCCCUCGCUCGAGCCCACCAUCGAGAUCUUUGACGGCUUCGAGGGGGAGGUCGAGUGGCGGUCCGCCUCCUUUGGAUUUCUGGACAUUGCCGGGGCAGGCGCCAAUGCCAACGCCACCGCCUCCCCGGUGCCGCUUCUUCCGCCGAACCCCGAUCCCUCUUCGCCGCCUCCUCCCGAGCCAACCCCUUCCGGCGAGGUCGUCUUCGGGGUCGCCUCCGAGUCCAUCAUGGGGGGGCCCGGCGGGGUCUUUUUCGGAAUGAUCCGCGACACCGACGCCCGGAUCCGGCCCUCCUUUUUGGGGCAGACCGACGCCUCGGCCUUUCGGAUCGACCUGGCGAGCCGCCCCCGGACCCUCACCCUCUCCCGAACCGCCCUCCUCGGAGCCGCCCCCGACCGCAUCCCCACRACCGACCUCCUGAGGCGCAGGUACGGGGAUCCCGUCGGYCACUACACCGCGAGGGCCAAAUCGGUGGUCGUCGACGGGGUCCCCCUCGCCGAAACGGCCUCGGGGAAKGGGACGAAGAUUUUCGUCAUUUUCGACACGGGCGUCACGGGCAUGGUCGUCAGCCGGGGCCUCUUCGACGAGCGGUAUCUCCAGGCCCGGAGGCAGCGAUCCAAGACGCUCUUCGGGAGGGUCGAGCUGGCCUUCGAGACGGAGGGGGGAAGGGAGGUCACGCUGGCCGCCAACAAGCCGCUGACGACGCCCUUCGAUCCCGAACGCACCUGGAAGAGGUUUCCGAAACGGAGGGAGGGCAGGAAGGCCAACGUCCACAUCAUCGUUAUGGGACUGGCCUUUUUGGACGAUCGUGUGUUGACGGUAGAUAUCGACGAACAACGUCUGUGGGUAGCGUAACUCGUUACAAUUUUUGUCAGAAAAGCCAAAACCACSGAGGAGCAUUCAUGGUCUUGCAUUGGAAAUGUUUUUGCAGAGGGGAUAAUAGACUUUUCUGUAGUUU